CUAGAGUGGUGCUUUUGUUUGGUUUUUCUUUUUUUUUUUUUUAGGUGAGCGUGCUGGUUUAGAUUUUGCAGCCAAAACAGUAACGAUGUCACCUCGUGAUCCAAUACCAAAGACCUUCACAUGACCAAAACCCACAAACACUGGCUACCCCGUGUGAGGCACCUGUGGAGGGUCAGGGCCUGCCUGCAGCCCCCGUGUGAGGCACCUGUGGAGGCACCUCCAUUCAUAUGCGCAAUAAAAAUGGCAGAAACGGCUCCUGAGUCUUCUGAGAAAUUGGUUGUCAUCCACUCCAAAGCUCACAAAGAUACCAUUCUAGCUAACUUUGAAGAACAAAGGAAAAAGGAUUUUCUUUGCGACAUUACCCUAAUAGUGGAGAAUGUGCAGUUCAGAGCCCAUAAAGCUUUGCUUGCCGCCAGCAGCGAAUACUUCUCAAUGAUGUUUGUAGAUGAGGGUGAAAUAGGGCAGUCAAUUUACAUGUUGGAGGGAAUGGUUGCAGACACCUUUGGAGCGCUGCUAGAAUUUAUCUACACCGGUUGCCUCCGUGCCAGUGAAAAAAGCACAGAACAAAUUCUGGCUACUGCACAGCUGCUGAAAGUGAAUGACUUGGUAUGGGCCUGUACAGACUAUCAGGCCAGCCGGAGCCCAAGCAAUGCGUUACCAGCCCCAGCAAACAGCGGAGCCUCUGUAGCCACUCUUGCCAGCGACAGGAAAAAUGAAGAUCUGCCAAAGCGAAAACGAGGGCGGCCGAGGAAAAUCAGGAAUGUCCAAGAAGAAAAAUCAGCUGCAAAUUCUGCCGAAGAUGUGCAGCUGAGAGAGAACAACUCUGUGCAAAAUAAGCAAAAUUUUAUGAAAAAUGACACCGCAGAGGAAGAAACAGUUGUCAGCGAACAGGCUCCAGUGAGGAAAGAUGCAGAAGAAAGUGAACCUGCUUGUGGCUCAGAAGGUGCUGUUGAUCUGUCAGCUGAGAAAGACGAGAAUUAUGAUCCUAAAUCUGAAGGAAUACAGAGCACUCAGAGCCGUUACAGCAAACGUAGAAUAAGGAGAUCAAUCAAACUAAAAGAUUACAAACUUCUCGGGGAUGAGGAUGAAAAAGGACUGGCAAAGAGAACCGAUGGAAAAAGGAAACGUGCAGGUUCUGAAGCUCGCUGUAAGGACUGUGGCAAAGUAUUUAAAUAUAAUCACUUCUUGGCUAUUCAUCAGCGGAGUCAUACAGGGGAACGCCCUUUUAAGUGCAGCGAGUGUGGCAAAGGCUUUUCCCAGAAGCAUUCUCUUCAAGUCCACGAGCGGAUGCACACUGGAGAACGGCCAUACACGUGCACUGUCUGCAGUAAGGCUCUGACAACAAAGCAUUCUCUUCUGGAGCAUAUGAGCCUACAUACAGGGCAGAAGGCUUUUACAUGCGAUCAGUGUGGGAAAUACUUCAGCCAAAAGAGACAGCUCAAGAGCCACUAUCGCGUACACACAGGCCAUUCACUGCCGGAAUGUAACCAGUGUCGUCGCAAAUUCAUGGAUGCAGCUCAGUUAAAGAAACAUCUAAGGACACAUACAGGUGAGAAGCCCUUCACCUGUGAAAUUUGUGGCAAAUCCUUUACAGCUAAAAGCUCUCUUCAGACUCACAUUAGAAUUCACAGAGGAGAAAAGCCAUAUUCUUGUGGUAUAUGUGGAAAAUCCUUCUCCGAUUCCAGUGCUAAGAGAAGACACUGUAUCUUACACACAGGCAAAAAGCCUUUCUCCUGCCCAGAAUGUAGUUUGCAAUUUGCUCGUCUGGACAACCUGAAGUCUCAUUUGAAAAUUCAUAGCAAGGAAAAGCAGUUUCAGGAAGCCAGCGCUGUUCCAAGCACCAACGCUAAUUCAGAAGUGAGAAACAUUCUUCAGCUGCAGCAGUAUCAGCUUGCCACCUCUGGAGGGCAGGAAAUUCAACUACUGGUUACAGAUGCAGUACAUAAUAUAAACUUCAUGCCUGGUCAUAAUCAAGGCAUUAGUAUUGUUACUGCAGAAAAUGCCCCAAAUAUGACAACAGAGCAGGCUGCUAACCUCACGCUGCUUGCUCAGCCACCACAGCAGUUGCAAAACUUGUUGCUUUCAGCUCAGCCGGAGCAAGCGGAACAGAUCCAAAGUAUCAAUAUGAUUGCGAACCAAAUAGAGACUGCCCAACCUGAACAAAUGCGUUCCAAGGAAGCACUUGAACAUCUGCAUGCUCAUCAACAACAAAAUGAAGAAAUCCACUUAGCAGGAUCUUCACAUCCAGCUCAGCAUGUGCAGUUGACUCAGGAAUCAAGUCAGCAGUCUCACUCUAGCCAAGAGACAGUUCCUUCCCAUCAACUUGGUGAAGAACAGAAUCAAAGCGUACACGUUUCUGAAUCCCAUCAGCAGUCUCUAUUGGUAUUUCUCUACCACUUAGUCCAUACCUCAUAAGCAAUUAAUGUGGGUUUUUGUGCCUCAUACACAUCCAUGCCUACUGAGGAGAUAUUUGGCCCCUUAUUUCCAUUUCUGUGUGACUCUGCAGAGAAGUGUACCUUGCUGGCAGAAGAACAGUGUUUAAGAUGUCUGCUGAUCAGAAGGUGUGACUUCUCUGAAGUCAACAUUUCCUGAGGUACUGUCAAGCUUAAGAUAACCAGUGCUUUUUGCAGAGCUUACACCAUAUGUCUUAUGUGUAAUGAGCUUUCCCUCUGCAGGUUAAUGUAUAAUUUCCUAUGCGAUCGUUCCCUUAAUUGUCUUACUGACCUUUAUUACUUACUAUUUAUGAUCUUAUUAGUCCUUAUUGACUACCAAAUUUGUUUGGGUUGGGUUGAAAUUGUUGCAGCCUUUGACUGGCCCUGGGUUGCCCCUUCUGUUACUGUAUCCGUACAAGUUGUUUUGCUCCUCAGAAACGCUUUAGCCAUUGCACUGGAAUGGUGGCAAUGAGAUGCGGUGGUUACACUGGACGACUGAAAAGCCCAAAUUCUGCUCUGUUAGUUCUACCACUCACUCUCUAUGUGACUGUGGGCAAGGCAGUUGACCUCUGUGCCUUAGUUUCAUCAUCUGGUAAGUGGGGAUAGCGUUCGCACGGUCUGCCAAGCACUUUGAAGAGCUCUUGAUCUUGAAGGCGCUGUCUAUUGAAGUGUGGAAGUCUCUUCCGGACAAGACUCGGUCUAAGCUUAGGAGCCAGUGUAUAUUUAAAGUGUUAUUUUUUUGUACUUUUGAGAGCAGAAUGUAAUGUUACUUUUAAUAUAUGUAAAAGCUGGUAAUUGUUUUUGUGGGGACUUGAACAAUGAAUAGAAUCACUUCAGAGCAUAAUGAGCUAUAUAAAUGGGGCAUAUCGUGUAAAGUUUUACAGCUAUUUUUGCUGACUAGAUUGGAUGUGUACAGAUUGUUUUCAAUGAUUGACUGACUGCUAACACAAAAUAUUUGACAUCUUAAUAAAAUGCCAUGCCUGAA